AUGAGGUCAUUAUUGUGUAAUGAAUCAGAAGAACUAGAAGAGGAGCUUGAUGUGGGGGUUGAGGUGGGUAUUGAUGAGGAGAAAAAUGCGAAAAAAUUCAAAGUUGAGGUGGUCGACGCCCCGAUGUAUGGAAUGAUUUUUAAGGAUGAAAAUGUUGUCAUUGCAUACUACAAGCGCUGUGCAAAGCAAGUAAGAGUGGGAAUAAGGAUGAAAAAGAAUUUUAGCAUUUUAGUUGUUGAAGUCGGUGGCUUUGAGAAUCUCGAGUUUACUGAGAAAGACUACAGCAACUUCAUUGACAAGGCGAGACACCUUCGCCUAGGGAAAGGAGGUGUCAUGGCACUCCUUGAUUAUUUUGAUAGGAUGCAUGAUAUGGAUAAUCACUUUUAUGCCUCUAUGGACUUUGAUGAUGAGGAGAGACUGCGGAAUGUAUUAUGGGCUAAUGCACGGAGUAGGGCAUCAUACCUAUACUUUGGAGAUGUUGUAACCUUUGACACAACUUAUUUGACUAAUAGAUAUGAAAUGUCAUUUGCACCAUUUGUUGGGAUACAUCAUCAUGGUCAAUGUAUACUUCUUGAUGCUAGAUUAAUAUCCAGUGAAGAUACGCAAUAA